AUGUCUUCCUACAGACAGACAAUCAGCUCCCACUGCCUGGCACCCUGCGAGGUGACCUGCCCCCAGCCCAUUGCCAACGCCUGGAACCAGCCCUGUGUUACAUCCUGUGGUGAUUCCAGAGCUGUGAUCUACCCACCACCUGUGGUCAUGACCUUCCCAGGACCCAUUCUCAGCUCCUGCCCUCAGGAGAGCUUGGUGUGCAGCUCAGCACCCUCCAGCAUUGGGAGCCUGUAUGGAUCCAUGGGUUCCAGUGGCUCCUAUGGUUCUAGGAGCUUGUACAAUUAUGGGAGGUCAUAUUCUUCCUAUGGAUCCAGUGUUUAUGGUUUUGGGCACUGCAGACCAUGUUAA